CUACCCCAUUCACCGUUCCAGCUCUCUUUCUUCCCCAAGGACUCCCAUCCCUCGGAGAAGGCCAGCAAAAGAAAAGAAAAAUCCAUCAUGCCCUCACGCUCAACAAUCACAAUCGCGCCCUUCCCCCAGCCCUCCCACGCCCUCCCUUCCCCAACAACAUCAGUCUCCUCCUCGACCUCCAUAAACUCCAGCUCCACAUCGACCUCCACAUCCUCAAACCCCCGUCACCCAGGCCCAACGAAACCAACAAAAUCCCCCCGCGGCAAACCCCGCGUCACCGCCGAACACACCCUAACCCGUGUCCGCGAGAACCAGCGACGCCACCGCGCCCGCCGCCGCGAUUACAUUGCAACGCUCGAGGAAAAGCUCGCCGACGCAGAAGAGAAACUCGCUUCUGCGCUCCGGGAAAUCGAGGCGCUGAAGCGGGAGAGAGAGGAGUGUGUGGUGGGAGGAGGAGGAGGAGGAGGAGAAGCAGGAGGUGUGGGGAGCAGUAGGGCGAUAUUCUGCGAUCACGAAGAUGUUGACGGGGAGAGUAGCAGUGGGGCGGUGCAGAUGCGAUAUCAGCAGCAGCAGCAGCAUGAAGAUGAAGGAACGAGGGUGGAGCAAGAUGAUGUUGAGAUGCUGGAUAGUGGGAGGGGAGGUGUUGAUUCUCCGUCCUCUACUGCUUCUACUCCUAUUACUACUACGGAAGAGGAGAAAUCAUCGCCUACCACACACAUCUCGCCAUCAUACACGCCCUACACCCACCCCCUCCCACCACCCGGCCCACCACCCUGCUGCUCAGACCUCGACGUCCUCGCCCUCCCUAUCCCUACAUCCCCUUCCCUCUCCCCACAACCCCCAACAAUUCCCUCCCCCACGCCAUCUCCAUCUCCAUCCCCAGAAUGCACAACAUGCCAUACCCGCCCGCCCCCUCUCCCCACAGAAUCCACAACCCUCUGCGCCCAAGCCUUCCACCUGAUCCAGCAGCAGAACUUCAGGGGCAUCGAUGCAGCCACGAUUCGGCUGUGGCUGUAUCGUGGGUAUCGGAGGGCGCAGAGGGAUGGGGAAGGGUGUCGCGUCGAGAAUGGCGCCUUGUUUCGGUUGUUGGAUUUUAUUAGUGGCGUCUGAGAGAGUGGUGGUGACGAUGUAAGGAGGAUUUUGUUGGAGAGGAGAAGAAUUAAAAAAUGCUCCAGUUUUUGUUUUUUUUGUUGCGUAUAUACCUGUCUGCUUUUUUUUUAUU